AUGAAGCGGAGGAGAUGGGGGAGAUAUUGGAGGAGAUGCUGUUGGAUAGCUUGGUCAUGGAGUUUGAAGCUGAGGCGCUCACAGCAGGUAUGUCUUCCCAUUGUGUGCUCAGAACGUGUAGCUGACCACAGAGUGACAGGCAAAACUCUUGGCGAACAUGAUAUCCAACUCCUCAAGGCCUACGCGUACAAGAUCAAGCACAAUCUCACCGAUGCAGCUUGGGAUGAUAUUCCUGCCGCGUUUGGUAUGGAUGUCGGGUCACUUGCUCGGGCUCAAAGCCGUAUCAACUUCCUCGCUGGAUUCAAGCCACACCGCUAUGACUGCUGUAUCAACUCUUGUAUGGCAUUCACCGGCCCUCGAGAGGAAUUGAACCAGUGUCCUCACUGCAAGACUUCGCGGUACAAGGGCGAUGACUGCACCCCCCGGAGACGAUUCUCGUACCUGCCGCUCAUACCACGUUUGAAGUCUCUAUAUGCCGAUCCCGCCAUGGCGUCUAAGAUGCGAUAUCGGGCCGAGUUCAAGGGUGAAGAAGGGGUGGUGAAAGAUGUCUUCGAUGGGUCCGUAUAUCAAUCCCUGUGCGACAAGAAAGUUGUUUUGGAUGAACACGAACUCCCGUAUCGGUUUUUCUCCGAUGACCACGAUGUUGCCCUGGGUUUCUCUACCGACGGCUUCUCUCCAUUUCGUGAACGCAAGAAUCUGAAGACCUGC